AUGGCCAACUUCCUCUCUUAUGCAUCCGUUACCCCCAGGCUGAAUUCCCAUAACCAAACCAUAAUUUUCUCUUCAAAUUACCAUAGAAAAAUUAACAGAGUUCGUUGCAACGGAGGGAAUCCAAAAUCAAACAAAUCAUCCGAGCCUGAGAAUGCCCUACUGAAAGUAGCUUGGUACAGCUCUGAGCUUCUGGGGAUUGCUGCAUCAUUUUUCCGGUCACCAUCCUCAGUCACUACUGAACCUUCCCAAACGGACAUCGAACUUUCCGUUGAUGAGUCAGCAACCAUUGAUCGUGCCACCCUGGUGGAAACCAUCAAAGAGGAUUUCGAGAGAUCAUACUUCGUCACAGGAAAUCUCACACUCAGUGCAUAUGAAGAGGAUUGUGAAUUUGCUGAUCCAGCUGGUUCCUUUAAAGGACUUGGACGUUUCAAAAGGAACUGUACAAAUUUCGGGUUACUUCUCGAAAAAUCAAAUAUGAAGCUUAUGAAAUGGGAAGAUUGUGAGGAUAAGGGAAUUGGACACUGGAGAUUUAGCUGCAUCAUGUCAUUUCCAUGGAAGCCCAUUCUUUCUGCUACUGGAUAUACAGAAUACUAUUUUGACGAACAGUCGGGAAGAGUAUGCAGGCAUGUGGAACAUUGGAAUGUACCUAAAAUGACACUUCUCAAACAGAUCCUGAAACCCAGCCGUCGCAGAAAGACAGCCUCUUGAAUAUAAGGAGAUCCCCGAUUUGUUGUCCUUCCUCUGUGGAAGGUUUGCUGUCUCUUUUUUAUGAAGGAGUUAUCAAGUGGUGGUUGAACCAGAUGAUGUGAGUUUGCGUGUGAUGGGUGAUGGAUGAAGUUUGAUCGAAGAUUGAUUGAAAACUGCACUUAAUUAGCGAAACAGUUGAUAAUUAAUUUUUGUUUUCGCAAGUAAGAUUUGCGAAUCAGACAACAUGUUGUCUGUUCCAUGUCAGGUCGUCGGGUUUCGUUUUCGAAUUAUCCCGAAUUU